AUGAAGUUCAGGCUUGAGAACGCUUCCGUUUUCAAAAAGAUGGUGGGAUUGGUCAAGGAUAUCGUCACAGACGUCAACCUGGUCUUUGAUGACAGGGGUAUGAACAUGAUGUCGCUGGACAGCAGCCAUGUGUCGCUUGUUGAGAUCAAGAUGUUUGCCGGAGGAUUCGACGAGUAUGAGUGCGAGGUGCCUGUGACGCUCAGGGUCAACAUUGCGUUGAUGGACAAGAUCAUGGGCCUGGCGGGCAAGGACAACUCAAUGACGCUCUUGUACGUUCACAGCGACAGCAUCGCGCAGUUCGUUUUCGAGAACGCCGCCGGCGACCGACAGACCGAGUUCGGCCUCAAGCUGCUCAAUAUCAAAAGCAACAUCCUGAGCAUUCCAGAGAUGGAGUACAACGUCGUUGUCAUCACCAGCUCAUCUGAAUUCAAGAAGAAGAUCGACGACCUGUUCAAGUUCUCGGACACGGCGAUCAUCUUAGCCGAAAAGGACGAGAUGCAUUUUGCACUCGAUGGCGACAUCGGCAACUGCAAGUUCACGCUGAAGAAGAACGACAACACCGACAUCGAGAUCAACGAUCCAGUCUCUGCGUCGUUUGCGCUGCGCUACCUCAAGAACUUUGCCAACGCCUCAGUGCUGUGCGACAGGGUCACGAUCAGGCUGAUCAAGGGACAGCCGAUGCGGGCGUCCUACGAGAUGACAAACAAGAAGAUGGGCAACGACAACGACAAGCUUGGCACCAUCGCCUUUUACCUGGCCCCCAAGCUCGCCUCAAGCCUACGCGCUGCUUGGGACAAACACGCCGAUUCCCACUGCUGCGUCUGCGGCGCCGAACCGCGCACGUGCUGGUGUGGUGAAGACCAAAUUUGGGAUGUGGUUGAUCAGUGGAUGGAAACCGCCGAUGAGGCGUCAACGAUGCCCAGCAAUGAGGACAACGCCGAGGUGGCAUCCUUCUCCUCGGUGAUGUCGUAG